GAAAGUCGUUCACUGUGCUCUGAAAUGAUAUAUGGGUUUACCAGCUCAAAGCCAUGGAUGUGGAUGAAGGCUUACCGAUGGACUGUUCACCUGUAGUGGUUUUCUUUUCACUUGCUUCUUUCCUUCUUUUCGUUUAUGGAAGUCCAAAGGGUGAAUCCCCACGUGACUUGGACGCUUCGAAAAUUUCGUUGGCUAUUGGAAAAAAUUUGCUCAUAACUUUGGACUACGCCUUUUAUUCCCCUGUACAUGACCGUAGCCACCGUAUCCGACUCGAGCGUUGAAAAGACCCAGCGUCAAGAGCACGUCGCGGCUCAUGCUGACGAUGCCACUGUGCGUUUGCUUCAUCACUCUCACCAUCACCAUAACAACGGCCACAGUGACAGUAACGAACCAGAUGACGACGACUGGGAUUAUGCCCCUACUGCCCCAAUAGAGUAUGCCCAACUCGAUAUCGACGACUCCGAAAUCACGCCUUUAAGCCUACAACACCGACAGCGGCAGGAUCACCGUGACGAAGAUAACGACCAAGACGAUUUAAAAACAUACCGACUUCCUUCCGAUGGCGGCACCAUUUUUGCGAGCUUUCUUAAUAUGGCCAACAGCAUCAUUGGUGCCGGUAUCAUCGGCUUACCAUUUUCGUUCAAAGAAGCAGCAUUCUUUUACUGAUAGUAUUAACGGUUGUCGUCGAUUGGACGUUGCGGUUGCUGAUCUACAAUGGAAAGUUGGCGGGGCGAAACACUUAUCA